AUGAAGUCUCUCCUCAUCGUGGUGGUUCUUCUGUCCUCUUGGGAUGCCGCCCUAGCAGGUUUCAAUCUAAUAUCACCAGAAUGGCGCAAGAAAUGUUCCGAGAAUGGUGUCUGCAGAUUUGAGUGCUAUGGAAGUGAAAUGCUGGUCGACUAUUGUAUGUCACGUCUAGAAUGCUGUGUCAGAGGAAACCCCGUACCCUGA